CUGAAUCUCUAGCGGGCGACUAACCUCCACCGGAGUAGACAGAUUGAGGCCCUAAGAACAAAAUCUCCACUACCGGAGUAAAUCCGGUACAGAAUAGUGAAUUGGUUCCUCGACUAAAGUCACCAACUCCCUACCUUCAAUCAAGGAUACUCUAUCAACCUAGGCAGAUAUUCUCAUUCUAGGUCAAAGUAGAAACAACAGGAAUUUGAUCAGGAUUCAAGUCAUUCAAUCAUUCAAACCUCAAUCGAAUAUAAUCAAUCAUAGAAUCUGUACUUGGGUUCAUACAAUCAAAGCCUAACAUACAAAUCUAGGGUUCUCCAUACCCAGAUGAAUGGGAGAACUACUCCAUGGAGAAGAAAGCAAAAGCAGAAUCAGACACGGAAUUCAUACUGUGAAGGAUGGAUUCCUGCUCCUGGACGUUGAUUGGCACUCCUCCAAGCUCAAACUGGCCUCCAAUGGUGUUGAAGAUCAAUAUAGGGCACUUGGAGUCGUUCUCUCUCUCAAAAACUCGAAUCCCCUUAACUUGUGGCUGAAAAUCUGCUUAAAAGCAUCAGUGGCCAAAGCACGGUCGAGGACACGGCCGUGCUUUGCCUGAGCCCGCCCGUGCCUCCGCCAGGGUUAAUUACACGGCCAGCAGUUGGGAGAAACACGGCCGUGUUUCGCGGUGGGCACGGCCGUGCUUUGCCUGAACACGGCCGUGCUUUCAGCCCAUGUUUGCAGCUGAAUUUGCCAAAUCAAUUAGCUCUCGGCAUAAAAAGCACGGCCACCAGAACACGGCCGUGUAAUGAUUUAGGUGUGCCCGUGUUUUGGCUCCAGCUUGACGAAAUGACCUCCGAAUGCCCCGAAACUCGUGCUUAGCCUUCCCUUUUACACCUGGGACCUGAAACAUGACAAAAUAGCACAACCCGACAUAAAAUAGGCCAAAAACACACGACUAUGCCCCUCAAACGGAUAAGAACUAGGGGCGCAAAUUCGUGCAAUUACAUCGUUAUCAGGAGGCGCCAAUGAAUGAAGAAAGAAAGGAAAUUACCGAGGAACAUGAGCCACCCCCCACCAAGGAGAAUCGAAGUGGGGCGCCCGACGCCCAGGUGGGCGGGAGCCUUUGCUGAGUAUAACGACACGCUGAAGAACAUACUCCAACACGUCAAGGAGAAGGGGUAUCACAUCAGAUGGCCGGGCCCCAUGAGGGGACAAUCCAAUGAACGGAACCUGGAUCGAUAUUGUGACUUCCACCGAAAAGUGGGACACCAUACGACCGACUGUUAUCAGUUGAAGACCGAGCUGCAGGGCCUGGCCGACAGAGGGAUGCUUAACGACUUCGUCAAGAAGCCUGAAGAGAGAGUGCACCGGGCAUGCGUGGCCGGCAUGGAGAAAGCGAAGAGGGAGCUGCCACCCCCGCCCUAUGACCUCGACCAAGAAAAGGCGCACGAUCGAGUACGUCUAACCAUUGAAGCCAUUUCGGGGACGAUGGACUUGAGAGAAAAAAUAGAGGCAAACCGCCGGCUGAGAGCGGCAUCGGCGGACGUGCAGGAGGCGAUCGAUAUCAGCUUCAAUAGGGCGCCAGAAGAAGCAUGCAUGCUCCCAUUCAUGGACGCCUUGGAGAUACAAUGAGUGGUGGCGGGAUGCAAGGUGAGAAGGAUGCUUGUCGACACGGAAGUUCAAUGGACGUAUUAUUCAAGGAUACGGUAGUUCGCAUGCAAUUAUCGCCGGAGCUGAUCAGACCAUCGGAGUCGGUACUAGUAGGAUUUUCGGGGGCGCCCGCCAGAGUAAUAGGGCGAGUGCGCCUGCCGGUCACCUUGGGGGACGGGGAGCAAAGGGUGACGCGUGCCAUCGACUUGG